AUGUUUCUUACCGUGUCUGAUCAAUCAAGUACUGCUCUUCAUGUACUUUUACGCGUCAAUAUAAUCUAUACAUUCUUUUGGUUCGUUCUCGAAAUCCUUCUGUUCAUUUUCAAAUACUAUCAGUUGACUUAUGCUGCCAAUGCCUUUGGCUUAGAAAUGGCAAUUAUAUUUAUGUUAUCUUUCAACGAAUUUAUUCGACAAUUCUUUGGUAUGAAGGGAAAUUUAGUACUCGAAGCACCGUCGCUUAUUCUAUUUAUUGUCUACGGACUCUUCUCCAGCGUUGGUUUUGUUUUCUUUCUCGUUUUGCAAUCGUACGCACAACGCGUCGAAAUCCUUCUCUCAGCAAUUGGCUUAGCCUUGAUUGUCAUCGAAAUCGUACUCUCGAUCAUCACAAUUAUCCGCAAUAGUCGAGCGAUGCCCGUUUUAACCAAAGAACAACAAGUCGAACGAAUGAGACAAGCAACACUACGACUGGAAACAUGGAAAAAAACCGACUAA